AUGAACCCAUUGCAGAAGAAAUUCGCACAAAGACAAGCACUAAAGCGGAAACUGGCCGCUGGAAGCGACCAACGUCCCUCGAAGAAGCCCAAAGUCUUGCAAAACAUCGACGACCUCGAUUGGAGAGUGGUAGAUAGACCUAUCAGUGCCGGUAUUGACGAAGAAGGUGGUAUGUUGAUGCUAGAAGAGGUCGAAGAUGUCGAAGUGUACUACGAAGAAACACCUAAAGGCAAAGUAGCGAAAUUCCGACAGGCUUCUAGGCCCGCAGCUUUUCCUAAAGAUAAGUCCUCUAUUAAAGAAGAGGAAGUGUCUGUGGCCUCAAGCUCUGAAUCUGACGAAGAAGAUGAAAAAGACGAACAUUUUGACGAGCUUCCGGAAUGGUCCAAUCUCGGUCUCUCACCCACUCUCCUGCGACGAAUAAAAGAUCAGGGUUUCAUAAAGCCAACGCCUAUACAAAGGGAAACGUUGCCUCUUUCGACUAGUGGCAGAGAUGUCAUUGGCAUCGCUCAAACAGGCUCCGGAAAGACGUUGGCAUUUGCCCUCCCUAUCCUUCGACAUAUUUUGUCCACCAAUAGGCUCAAGUCGCUUCGAAGACAAAAAAGGAACCUCAAGGCAUUAAUUGUCGCGCCUACUCGAGAACUUGCGCUCCAAGUAUCUGCGCAUAUCAAUGCCUGUGCACCUCAAAGAUCCAAAGAGGAGAUAGAAGCGCACCUUCCUCCCCUUGUUAGUGUGGCCACGAUUGUUGGUGGGAUGUCACAGCAAAAGCAGACAAGGAUGUUGGAACGUGGCGCGGACGUUAUUGUAGCCACCCCAGGACGCCUUUGGGAGCUGCUCAGUGAUAAUGACGAGCUGACCACACAGAUUCGACAGGUUCGAUUCUUCGUUCUCGACGAAGCUGAUCGGAUGGUGGAAAAUGGGCACUUCGCAGAGCUUGAUAAGAUAAUACGCCUUACAGCAAGACCAGAUCCAAACUCCCUCGAAGCUCAGAUACAAGAAGUCAAACUCGAAGAUGAUACGAGUGACAGCGCGCAAAAUCAGAUGCAGACAUUCGUUUUUUCAGCCACAAUGAGCAAGGAUUUGCAACAAAAUCUGAAGAGGCAUAAAAGGUUCAAGGAUAAAUCAAGUAGUACAAUUGAUGACCUCAUCCUCCGUCUUGAUUUCCGGGACGAGCAACCAGCUAUAGUCGACCUCAGUCCGAAAGAUGGCGUCGUCUCGACGUUCCAGGAAAGCAAGGUCGAAUGCAUCACCACAGACAAGGACGCAUACCUGUAUUACUUCCUUCUCAGAUACCCCGGUCGCUCCCUCAUCUUUCUCUCCUCUAUCGAUGGUAUCCGCCGACUCGCGCCGCUGUUGGACCUGUUGCAAGUCAAAUCCUGGCCCAUCCAUUCUCAAAUGGAACAGCGUCAGAGACUGAAGAACCUUGAUAGGUUCAAGAAUACACCAAACUGUGCGCUGUUGGCCACGGAUGUAGCGGCCCGCGGCCUAGAUAUCCCAGCCAUUGACCAUGUCAUUCACUACCAAGUACCCCGCUCUGGAGAUAUCUACGUUCAUCGAAAUGGAAGAACCGCUCGAGCUGAAAAGUCUGGCUUUGGGCUUUUACUGGUCGCUCCUGACGAACGAAAGCUCAUUCGGACAUUGAUUUCAAGUCUUGGAAGAAAGGAGGACGAGAUUCCAGAGUUACCUGUAGAGCGUACAUUGCUCGACCGGCUCAAGGAGCGGAUAAACUUGGCUCGCGAAAUUGAUAAAAUUCAGCACUCUACAACAAAGAAAAAGCACGACAACAAUUGGCUCAAGAUGACCGCCGAGGCGCUCGAGUUAGAUCUCUCAGACGAAGUUGAAGAGGAAAAGUUCGACACAAAUAAAGACGCCAGAUUAAAGGCUUUGAAAGCGCAAUUGCACACGCUUGUCUCUCAACCAUUGGUCGCUCGCGGCAUCUCGACGAAGUAUAUUACAUCAGGUACUCGCUCAGUGGCGGAUGAGCUUAUUAAUGGCCAAAGUCACAAAGCGAUGCUGGGCUUAAAGGUAGUGGCUGCUCAGGACGAUGUGCUAGCUCAGAAGGCUGCGACCAAAGGGAAACGUCUGGCAAAGAAGACAACGAAGUCGCAGUCGUGA